CUGCAUGAACAACACGUAUCACUCCACUCCACCCCUCUCUCCCCCUAAAAUAUAAUAAAUCCGUUCUCUAGUCUCCACGCAUAGCACCCAGAGCCUAGCAGCAAGCUAGCAAGAGAGAUCAUCUCAUGGCGAAGACAAGGGUUCUGCUGCUGCUUUUGGUGGUGAUUCUGGGAUAUGCGGCGGCGCCAAUGGCGGGUGCCGUCUAUGAAGGCGGCGGAGCGGAGGAGGAGGAGAAAGAGGAAAAGCUGUUCUUGUUGCGGAAUAUGAAGGCGGUGGUGGAGACCGAAGCCGGGCGCAUGGACGUGGUGGAGGGUUUUACAGGACGCCAUGGGGGAAGGGCUCUCCAUAUUGGGUUCAUCACCAUGGAACCCAAGGCUCUCUUCAUUCCUCAGUAUCUUGAUUCCAACAUGAUCCUCUUCGUUCGCAGAGGGGAAGCAAGAGUUGGGUCAAUCUACAAUGACAGGCUGGUGGAGAAGCGAUUGAAGAUGGGAGACGUGUACAGAAUUGGAGCUGGCUCUGCGUUCUAUCUGGUUAACACUGGAGAGGGACAGAUACUGCAUAUCGUUUGCAGCAUUGACAAAACUGAGGACUCGGGAUGGGGCACCUUCCAUUCUUUCUUCAUUGGUGGAGGAGCUUAUUCUGUGCUUGCUGGGUUUGAUCCCAUAACCCUCUCAACCGCAUUAAAUGUGUCAGUAAAAGUGGUGAAGAUGAUCACGACCGAUCAAGAACUCGACCCGAUUGUGUUCUACCAAGACGCGCAUUCGCGGGCUACGUGGACGCAAUUCCUGGAGCUGAAAGAGGAGGAGAGAUUCGAGCAUCUGAAGAGAAAAGUGCGUUUCCAAGAACCCGCAGCAGGUGGAAACGACGAGGAACCGACUUGGUCACUGAGGAAGCUGUUGAAUUCCCUCUUUGGAAAAGAAGCCAACAGAAAACAUCAUGACUGGAAAAUCAAGUCGCCGGAACCCUACAACCUCUACCACAGGAAGCCCGAUUUCAAGAAUAACUACGGCUGGAGCAUUGCCCUCGACGACUCCGAUUACUGGCCGCUGGGCCUAUCGGACGUCGGUGUUUUUCUAGUCUACCUCACUGCCGGAUCGAUGAUGGCUCCGCAUAUUAAUCCAAUGGCACCAGAGAUCGCAAUCGUGCUAAGAGGAGAAGGAGAAAUCCAAGUGGUGUUUCCGAACGGAACUCUAGCCAUGAAAGCGAAAGUAGGCCCAGGCGACGUCUUCUGGAUUCCGCAAUUCUUUCCGUUCUGCCAGAUAGCUUCGAGGACGGGGCCAUUCGAGUUCUUUGGAGUCACAACGUCGUCGAGCUACAACAGGCCGCAGUUCUUGUUGGGAGCCGGCUCCAUUCUGCGGACCAUGAUGGGCCCUGAACUGGCAGCGGGCUUCGGAAUGAGGGACGUGGAUUGGUUCUCGAAGAUUGUCCGAGCUCAGGAGCAGAGGAUGAUUUUCUCGUCGGCCUCUGCAGCGCCGCCCGACAUGGAAGAGGAGGGGGAGAACGGGAGCAGGAUGGCGAAGGUGUUGAAAAGCUUUGGCGAUGAAAUGGUUAUGGGUUUUGACUAGGAAGAGAUGAUCAAGAAUACCUCGAGUUUGUCGUUUUCUUGUUCCUUUUGAGUUGCGAAUAAGGAGGAACUAUCCCGUGUGAUUAUUUAUGUACUUGUAAUACGGAGGAUUCGUCAAGAAUGCGUCUUAUCAGGUUUUCCUGUUGGCAAUUUCUUCAGAACAAAAAGAAUGCUCUCCCUCCCCCCCCCUCGGCUUCUGUCCCACCCACUUCCCAUCAGCCUAAUUUGUUAAUUAUCAAUAUUGCAUUAUAAUUAUUACUCAGCCAAGUUGACUUUUUG